UCUCUUCUUCCUUCUCUUCUCUUCUUCCUUCUCUUCUCUUCUUCCUUCUCUUCUCUUCUUCCUUCUCUUCUCUUUCCGUCUUCCUAUCCCACCCCACUCCCUCCUUAAUAUUGCCUUUCCUUCCUUCUUCCUUCCCUCCCUCCCUCUCCUAUCGCCUCUCCUGCGUACGCCAUGGGUACAGACAGCGAUCGAAACGAUCCCACAGUGACUGCAACGUCGACAGUACUGUCGUCCUUAAAGCGUAAACCUGCAAGAUCACUCACACCCAGCACACUUACCCACCAGCCGUCCUUUGCCACCGAGAAUGGUACUGACCACAGCAAAUCCACAGCUUCGGCCAACGACAAUAGCGAUCGUAACAACAAUAAAAACAACAACAGCAACACUGCCGCAGUGAACAGCACGCAGCCUACCGCCCAUGCCAUCGCCAACGAGAGGAACAAUAUCAACGUCGGCAGCCUUCCUCAACCAUCUCGAUCAACAAAACUGACGCUCUUCACUAGCCUGACGAAGCAGACACCCGAGGAUGUCGAACUCGCACGACUGACCAAGGCCAAUACUAAGGCUAACAGCCUUAUCGGGAGAAGAGCAACCGGCGCGCCAUUGAAUCAAACAGUAGUAACAGUAAAGAGUGCAAGAACAGUGGCGGAUGUAGAAACAUCCAAAAAGAUCAACUCUGAACAUCCAGGGCCGUUUUCGUUCUCCCCGCAUCCGCCAUCGCAGUCGCCGCCUUUGAGUCCUUCGUUGGGAUCACAGGGCAUCUCCGCCAGCCCUCUGUACAUGGCUGAUAAUGAACUGGAGCGCGAGGUAGAUAAUGAAGACAGAGAUGAAAAAGACGAAGAUGAUAGUUUGGACUCGCAACCGUCAUCUGCAUCCUCUACGGGUUCACCCUCUCUGUCACCUCAGUUUUCUACGCUCGAGUAUGAGGAGCGUCGAAGAAAGAGGAGGCGGGUUGUCCCUGGCCAGACCAAGCGAGUUACUCCGCAGCCAUCUGUAGUAAUUAUGUCAGCCACAAAAGAUGCAACAGCUCUUGAAGAUCAAGAACAGGAACAAGGACAAGGACAUGCGACAUCGUUGGCACCGCUUUGCCACCAAAAUCAAGCUUCCCAUGAAACAGGCUGCCAUCCCCCCUUGUUCCUGUCUCCAUCCUCGUCUUUGUUCUCAUCCUCACCCCAAGAUUCGAGUCAGCUUGGCUGUUCGCAAUCCUCUGUCGUGGAAUUGCGUCUGGCGACGAUGACCAGAUCCAUAAAGACUGUUCGAUUUGACGAAAGCAGGAACACGGUGUUUGACUACAGGCGAGAAUCCACAACUAGACUGUCCUUCACUGGUGACGAUCCGACGGACUACGAUGGCGAUGACGAUGGCGAUGACGAUGGCGAUGAUGGUGAAGAAGAGGAGAGAAGAAACGACCAAUCGUUUGAUCUUAAGCAGAUUUAUCCGUCCGAGGACUCAUCGAUGCUGUUGACUUUGUCGCCAUGGUGGGCUUGGACUUCUGUGGUUGCAUCGGGGACGUCGAGUCAGCCGACCAUCGUUGAUAUCGAGGCUGCCGCUACGGAACAUCGUCAAGUAUACAAUACUGAGGGUUUUCUUGCGAAAGCAAGUGAGGCUAGCUCGUUGGAUAUCGGAGCAAUAUCGACGUCGAUCAUGACCACGACUGCGGAGAAGCAAGACGGCAGCGCGCAAGUUGAGCAGUCCAGUCAACAAGAGACCAUCAUGGACACCUCUCCAGCCCUCCGUGCAAGGAUGUCGUUUCCGAUAGUGUCUGCUGGACAUUGCGCCACGACCACUAACUCUCCCGGCUCUCCUUUCUCUUCGCCGCCCGAUACGUCUCGACCGUCGAGUCCAAGGAAGGUCCCGCUACUGAAACGCCAGUCGUCCCUGUCUGUAAUGGAUAGCGUUCGCUCAAGCAAGGUCUCUGAGACGAGGGUACUGAAGCCUGAUCAAGACCAUAUUGCAUCUAUCACAACAUCCAUACCCACAAUCACAUCUGACUCUCGCAGAGGACUGCAGGAGGAAGAUGUUAUGAUGAGCGAGGAGGAGCCGCGGCUAAAUUCGCUUCUGCAGCAGAUCGAUCGAGUCCGGUUGAUGAGUCCGCCCCGGAAUGCUAAUUUUUCAGUUUCUGUGGAGGGAAAACAAGUAGGAACAGGAGCUGGAGAAACCAGAGGAGCUGGAAGUCCUAUGCGCCGACGUAUUCGAGAUCGCGACGCAUAUCGUGCUCAUAUGCCGUACAGAAGGCCAGUCCCAUCCUCGGCAUCGGCCUCGAGAGCGGACACCACGCCAUUAAUGUCGUUAUCGUCUUCAUCAUCUUCAUCUUCGACAACAAGGUUCAUGCCUCCAAGGAUGGUCCGUGCGAGUUCGACUGCCCUCGAACGUCCGAGGCCACCGCCGAUGCUGCGCCGUGAGGCGUCAACGACAGCGCUCAUGGACACGCUUUUGUAAAGACGUGGCUCUUUUCUAAGGGGUUUUAUUUGCGCCAUUGCUUCUGAAAGCGCCUUUUCCGUAUCUCGCGAUGAAAUAAGGAUGCAUAGCGCAAUGACAAUUACAAAGAUUCAAGGCGUGCAAAUGCUACAAUUCAUAAUUUUCA